AAUCAAAGAAAAAUAUGAAAUUUUCAAAAAUGGACGGUUGUGUUUUGUUUUGAAAAAUUAACACUCACAUUUGAUUUCGGGUUCAUAAUUGGGAGCUAGUGCUUUAAUAACUUUUAAGCGUGUUAUAUUGUCUAUAGAUUAUAGGAGAAUAGACUAAAAUCAAGUAACUCUAAUAAAUUUAUAAUAAAAUUUAGAAAACAUGCCUAGAACCAAACGUCCUGUACGGAAGCAAGACAAAACAGUUGAAGAUGAUGAUACAUUGAAAAAGUUGAACAAACUUGUACUCGAUGAAAAGAACGUUAUAGACUCCAGGACACAAAUGGAAAUACGUAAUGUUGAAUUGGCCUUCAAGAUUCUGUUGGGUUCGAUCAGCAAUAAGUACUUGCAAAAGACUGUCGGUGAAUUAAAAACAGAAUUACACCUCCAAGAAGUAACGACGAACACAAGGCAAACAAGGAAUUCAAGCAGAUCUGCCUCACAUGAUGAUGCGGUACCGAAGUCUGCGAGUCGAGCCGCGCCUCGGCGGUCGCGCUCGGCGGCGCGCCCCCCCCGCCCCACCGCCGCCCCCUCCCUCAGCGCGCCCCGCCGCCGCUCGCGCUCCGUGUACCGCACCCCCGCCUGCAAUAAGAAUGCGUCGACGUACUACCCUGCAAUCACGCCUAAGGUGACCCCUCAGACACCCCUGACGGUUUUGAGGCAGCCCCGUCAAGGAGAGAUGGUUGUAUCGAUGUCUGGCUCUCCAGUUAUGGUGCCGACGUGUUACACAAUGCAACCUGACGAGAUGGCCAAUUGCAAUAUACUGCUUCAAGAUGGCACAAUGCUCUCCCUUCAACCAAAGCAACUGAGGCAGUCGCAGGCCUACAUCCCGUUCUCAUUGAUGGACACAAACGUUCUUAACCAGCUGAAGACCUUGAAGGAUAAUCUGGAUAAAGUAGUCAAGUUGGGAGAGAAAGUCAUGAAGUGAUUGCGAUAAACCUUAGAUUGUACUAAUGAUGAAGUGAUGUUUUAUUUGUAAUGAUAGUAUUAAACGUAUUUGACUACUGA